GCUGUGUACUCACUAUCGAUUUGACUUCAGGUCCACCACAGAAGAAGCUUCGUCUUUAUUUCGUCUUUAAAUACAAGGAAAAUUUCGCGCAUUUCAGUACUGAGGAAUUUCAAGUCUCAUUUUCUUCAAUCUAUUUGAUUGGCAAGAGAGUUUGAUUCUUUUCUCCCCAUGGCUGCUUCUCCAUCCAGAUGCCGCUAUCAUGCCUUCCUGAGUUUCAGGGGCGAAGAUACACGCAAGGGCUUUAGUGAUCAUCUCUAUAGAGCUUUGGAGUUGGCUGGAAUUCACACUUUCAGAGAUGAUGAUGAAAUUGAGAGAGGAGCAGAGAUAGCAGUAGAACUGCAGAAAGCUAUCCAGGAAUCAGAGGUAUCAAUAAUCGUGUUUUCCAAGAAUUAUGCUUCCUCAAGAUGGUGCUUGGAUGAGCUUGCCACUAUCAUGAAACGUAGAAAAAAAGAUGGACACAUGGUUUUGUCAGUUUUCUAUAAGGUGGAUCCAUCCAAUGUUAGACAUCAGACUGGCAGUUUUGAAGAAGCGUUUGCCAAACAUGAAGAGCGCUUCAAGGAGGAGAUGGGCAAGGUGCACGAGUGGAGAAGAUCACUUAAAGAUGCUGCCGAUCUGGGUGGGAUGGAAUUAGGAGAUCAGUAUGAAUCACAGCUGAUCAAAGAUAUUGUUGAGAAGAUUGGAAAUAAACUGGAACCAAAACUAUUAAAUCUACCUCCCUAUGCGGUUGGAAUAGAUGAUCGUGUGGAAGAUAUAAACAUGUGGUUAAGAGAAGGAUCAACUGAUGUUGGUGUAGCUGGGAUUUAUGGAAUGGGUGGAAUCGGCAAGACCACCAUUGCAAAAGCUGCUUAUAACAUGAACUUGGGUAACUUUCAAGGAAAUAGCUUUCUUGCAGAUAUUAGAGCAACUUCAGAAGAACCUAAUGGUUUGGUUCGCUUGCAAAUGAAACUUAUAUCUGAUAUCCAGAAGCAGAAGCCAAAGGAGAUAUACUCUGUUGAUGAAGGAAUGAGCCGGAUACAACGUGCUGUAUGUUGCAAAAGAGUUCUUAUUGUUCUUGAUGAUGUAAAUGAUUCGGACCAAUUCAGUGCAAUUCUUGGAAUGAGAGAAUGGUUUCAUCCGGGAAGUAAGAUUAUCAUAACAACUAGACAUUUACACUUGCUGAGAGCCAUUGAGGGUUCUACAGGGUUCAGGGUGCAAGAACUUGAUAAGCAUGAAUCACUUGAGCUUUUAUGUUGGCAUGCUUUUCGACAAGCUCAUCCUAUCAAAAGCUACACGGAGGUUUCUACAGAUGUAGUACAACAUUGUGGAGGGCUUCCGUUGGCUAUUAAAGUCUUGGGGUCUUCUCUGUAUAAAGAAGGUGUAGAUGUAUGGCAAAGUGCAUUAGAGAAGUUGGAUGUGAUUCCUGAUGGCGAAAUCCAAAAAGUUCUAAGAGUAAGCUAUGAUUCUCUAAAAGAUGAUUGCGACAAAAAUUUGUUUCUUCAUAUAGCCUGUUUCUUCAUUGGAAAGAUGAAAAUUUUUGCAAUUACAGUACUGGACGACCUUCAUCUUUUCCCAAGAAUUGGAAUUAAAAAUCUAGUCGAUAGAUGUUUAGUGCAAAUUGAUAAUGGCAAGUUGAUCAUGCAUCAAUUACUUAUUGACAUGGCAAGGGGAAUUAUUCACGAAUGGUCCCCAGAGAACCCUGGAAAACGUAGUAGACUGUGGGAUAAGGAUGCAUUUGAUGUUUUGGAGAACAUAACAGGUACAGAAACUAUUAAAGGUCUCAUGCUCAACCUUCACAAGGAAAAUACCCUUUUUAACAAUAAACGAUGCUGCACUGAAGAGUAUGAUAGAAAUUGUUCCAGAUGGCGUUGGUCUGGUUUCUUCUCAUGGAAAUUAAACAACUUUUCCUCAACAGAGUUAUAUUCAGAUAUGCCGAACUUCAAAUCACAGGCACUUAAAAGGAUGCACGAUCUUAAAAUUCUUCUGCUCAAUAAUGUAAAAUUCAGUGGUUGCUAUGACGACUUUCCAAAAAAAAUAUCAUGGUUUUCUUGGCAAGGGUUUCCUUCAGAAUCUAUACCGAAGGAAUUUCAUUUGCAAACUCUAGUUGUUUUGGAGUUGCAAAACAGCAAACUGCAAGUUGUUUGGAAGGGGAAAAAGAAUCUGCCGAAAUUAAAAAUCCUUGAUCUCAGUCAUUCACUUGAUCUUGUUACCACACCUGACUUGUCAGGACUCUCUAACCUUGAGAGAUUAAUCCUUGAAGGUUGCACGAACAUUGCUGAGAUUGAUGAAUCCAUUGGUGAUCUUGAGAAACUUGUUUCCUUGAAUCUCAAAUACUGCAAAAAUCUCGAGAAGCUCCCAGAGACAAUUUGCAGGUUGACAUCUCUUCAGGAGCUUAAGCUUUCUGGUUGUUCAAACCUUGCUCUUCAUGCUAACACAGCUACUAAUAUGAUGAAUUUCACCAGCCUGUUAUCAAAUAAAUCCUGGAAAUCAAUUUGGUCGCAUGUAUCACCAAGAAAAGGUGUUGAACCAACCAGUUUGUCAUUGAUAAAUUUGCCACGUUUUUUAGUACGGUUGAGUCUGGCUGAUUGCAAUAUAUCAGAGAUUCCCAAUGAUCCUACUAUCUUUUCCGCAUUGGAGGAACUGGAUCUAAGCGAUAAUCCAUUUAUGAGUCUACCUGAAAACAUGAAGAGUCUUACUGUGCUCAAGUCUCUUUGUAUAAGCGGUUGCGAAAACCUCAAAAUGCUUCCCGAGCUCCCACCAAGUUUAUAUGAAUUAGAAGCAAUGUCGUGUCCAUCAUUGAAAAAGGUAACUAGUUUACCAAAUACAUCCCUGUUGCCCUGUUUUUUUGGUGCUAGAGAAUUAGUCGAAGUUGGAGGCUGGUUCAGUAUAAAGCCAUUGAUUAGCGAAAUUGACAUGGAAAUGAUAAGAAAUAUUGGCCUGUACAAUUUGGAACCCUCUGGAGGAACUGAGGAGCUUAAAAUGAUAAAUUUCUUGACAUUUUGCAUCAGGACAUGUCCACUCCAGGGACUCUGUGAAUGUGGCAUAUUCAGCAUUUUCCUUCGAGGAAGCAAUAUUCCUGAUUGGUACAAGUACCGGGGUGAAACCGCGUUGUCCAUCACUGUUCCGUCCCAUCCUAAACUCAAGAUUAAAGGCUUAAAUGUCUGUGUUGUGUACACCCCAGAAGAUGCAAGAGACUUUCUGAUGAUUAGUUUACUCCUAAAAGUCAGUAAUGAAGCGAAGGGUCUUAUGUGGUCACAUUUACCUGUCAGUGUAGGUCUUCCAAAAGUGAAUGAAGAAAUGUCAUGGCUAAGCCAUUGGCAGUUUGAGAAUGAUGAGUUAGAGGGCGGGGACGAACUACGUUUUUCUGUGGAUAGCAAAUAUUUAAUGUGUCAUAUGAGUAAUAUGAGUACUGGAGAGCCUCGGUUCUUGAUAAAGGCGCUUGCAGUCCAACUUGUGUACGAGAAUGAAAAUAAGGGCUAGGCAUAUAAUGGUAUCCAAUUAUCAAA